AUGGGUGGGAACUUAUUUUCUUCUUCUUCUUCUUCUUCGUCGUCUGAAAGUCAUAGCCCACCGACGCCGGAUGGGGGCGGUUGGGUCUUUGUAGGGUCAGCGGUUGAAGUUGAGCGGGAGGAAGGAUUUCUAGAAUUAAUCGUGAAGAUUGUUUUUCUUCUUGUGCUGUUUUAUAUCUUCAAGCGUAUUACCCAAUAUAUCGAGAAAACAAGUGUUCUCAAGCUUCAGGUUGGAUUGUUGGGUACGGGUAAGUCACUGCAAAAGGAUCUCAAUCAGAUUGCUGAGAUAGCUGAUACAUCCAAACCUGAGGGCUUGAGAUAUGUAUUACAAGAGACAACACUAGCUCUACUUCGACAUCCUAAUUAUUGCAUCUAUGGUUAUUCCUCUGUAGAUGUGAAGAGGGGUUUUGAGGAAGGUGAGAAACGAUUUAAUCAACUUUCUAUUGAAGAAAGGGGUAAAUUUGAUGAAGAGACUCUUGUUAAUGUCAACAACAUCAGAAAGCAAAGUGCAACAACUCAAAGAUCUAAUGAUUUCCGAAAUGAAUAUAUUGUGAUUACAAUCAUUGUGGCUGCUGAAGGCGUGGAAAACCUGCCAUUUAUAUAUAGCAGGGCACAAUUAAAGAAAGCAUUGCAAAAACUGGCUAUCAUCUCUUCAAAGAGAGUUAAGGCAGUGGAGGUGUUAUGGACCCCACAAAAUGAAAAUGAUACUCUUACAGAGCGAGAAUUGCUUGAAGAUUAUUGCCUGUUGCGCCAUCUGAAUUGGAGAAAAAACUGCUUGAACAGUCGAGGGCGUCAGGUUUGGAAGAAUUCUCACACCCUUGACAAAGUUUUUGUGGAUUAUCAGAAAGAGGUGUUUGGAUGUUUGGAACCUAGCUAUGAAGGUAUAGAGGAAAAGGGAUUUGAGGGGGAAUAA